GCAUGAUUUUCUCCAUACUACUACAUAGGUAAAAGUGAAACCUAAUCCUCAAGGUAUACCUAUCCCAAAACUCCUUCUUCUUAUCCGACUAUAUAGCAUGGCAUUGCUCUGCAGUCCAGGAAAAGGGCAAAUACCAAAACCUUGUACUGAUCACUUCUCUGGCAGAGCAAACAGAAAUUCCAAAUGUCAAUACUCGAAAGGGCGCCGAAAAGCAGAGACGAUCUAUGGAUAACGCUCCCAAAGGAGCUCGUUCAGAUUAUUGGCGAGUAUUUGCUUGCUGGCUCCUCUGGCCUUCGCUUACAUGCUUGUCCUUCGCCUAAGGUCGAUGGAUCAAACAUCCGAUACUCGAUAUGUAAGGAUUGGAUGGAAUAUGGGACGGUUUAUAAUCUCAUGGGAUUAGAAGUCGUUUUUGGGCCCCAGCUGGAUAUUCUCAGGAAUAACUUGCAGCUAAUCGUGAGCGAGAUGGAUGUUCUUAAAACUCUACCGGGGAAAGAUUGGCUUUCGAACAUUCACUUCAACUUUUAUGAUAAAGCUUCCAUGGAGUCUUGGUCGGGGGAGAUCGCCAAAUUUAAGUCACUGAAGCGGAUCUCGGCCUAUUGUCUUCAGUAUCAAGCCGGCGGUGAGGCAUGGGCCAAGUCUGUCCACGAUUUCUUGGCCUCGGAGAGCCCUAGUGCUAAGAUAACGAUCACUUCCAUUCUCCCAUCUGGACCUGCUACAGACGGGUAUAUUCAACAACUCCGGCGUUCUCAACGGCGACAACAAAAACAAAGACGACACGAUUUGCCGUCCGUUAAAACGCCUUGCAUCAUGAAGCUAGUGAUGCCAUCGGAACACUACCCGCACUCAUCGUGCUCUGAUGAUGAGGAGCUCUAUCUCGAAACGGGCGUUCAUAUCGAGAUUAUAAAUAAAGAGAAGACUGAGCUCUUGUGGUUUGAUGAUAAGCUCCGCCAAUGGUCGGAACGCACAAGAAGAACGUAACUACGGGGGGUGGUUAUGCCGGAGCUCGACUUAGAAUAUAAUGUCAAGUCCAUAUUGGCGACAACAUAUUGUUUAAUUUAUUAGCAACACUUGAGACUUUCAAACUGCCAGAAUAGCAACCGAUCAAAUUAUUUGAGCGGAAAUAAAAAAAGCGCUAGCAUGACGUAAGACAAACAAGAGACGACCGAUAUGAAUUUUACGCUGGUUUCCAGGAACCUAAUCACAUAGGAUUUGCGCUUACUAAGUCCGAAACCCGAUCA